GGAAGAGUGCUUCGGGCCUCUUCCAUGUAAACAGAAGAGGGCUGCUUACAUCGAAAAUUUUAAGGAGUGAUUUUAAUGCGGAACACAGCCCCGCUGUUCGCUCGGCGGCUGCAGCAGCAGCAGCACACACAGGCGGCUAAAUCACGGAAAGGGGAAGGUGGAAAGAGGCACCGAGUGAGAAGCCGAGACAGGUUUCUCAGCCUAUUGGCAGGAUGCCGUGGUCUCUGGACCUGCUUCCUCUACCACCCUGUGUGGACUUGGGUGGGCCUCCUCUGAGUGGCCUGCUGUGGACCCUGCUUCUGCUCUUCCUGUGGUAUUGCUACCGUGUUGGCUCGGAACCCUCAUCCUGCUCAGCCAAUUCCAGUUGCUCCACAGUGGCUCACCCCCCUAGUUGUUCUUCAGCUGGACCUGGAUGCUCUCCCCCCAAAGCUUUCCCCACUAUAGCUGUAGAAGAGGAGAAGAAAAACGAAGUAAAAAGUUAUUUAACACCAGUGUGGAGUCAUGCUCCAUUUCCCACUCAGGUGGCAGCAGGAAGUAGAAAGUUAUACACAGCCCUGCAGGAGUACGCCAAGAGGUACAGCUGGGCUGGCAUGGGCCGCAUCCACAAGGGCCUGCGCAUCCAGGCCAGAAUAAAUGAUCGCUUGUCCAUUCAGAAGCCCCAUCUUUUCUAUCUUCCUGAUGUUCCUAGCAUUCCAUACUUCCCCCGUGAUGCUCAUCGCCAUGACAUUGAUACAUUGGAGGCCAGCUAUCCCAUCAUUCUUGCAGAAUUUCAGGCAGUUUUUCAGAAAGGCGUGGACACAAAGUUGGGGUGGACAUACCAAGGACCUAAGGGGCAGGCGGUGUUUCCACUGUACAAUGCUGGAGUGCGUGUGGCGAGCAACUGCCGUGCAUGUCCAUGUACAUAUCGUAUCCUCCUCUCCCUCAGAACAUUUAUCAGCAGUAACUCUCUCGGUGCUGCUGGUUUUUGGCUUCUUGGCCCUGGGGCCUCGCUAGGGGGAACGUAUGGCCCCACCAACACACGCCUGCGUUGCCAUUUGGGUCUUCAGACACCAACAGGGUGUGAGCUGGUGGUUGGUGGUGAACCACAGUGCUGGUCUGAGGGACACUGCCUUUUAGUGGAUGACUCCUUUCUGCACACCAUCUCGCAUAAGGGUGGUGCUGAAGAUGGCCCAAGGGUAAUAUUUAACGUGGAUUUGUGGCACCCAAAUGUUGCUGCAGCUGAGAGACAGGCUCUUGAUUACAUCUUCAGCCCUGGACAGUGAUUAACUACAUAUCCCAGUGUUUAUUUGCAAAACCUGCAAGGACGAAGGCUAAUGACAUUACAUUGCAACUUCAGCUGGUCUUUUUUGCUGCUGAAUGUUCCAUACAAAAUCCAUAUUAAGCACAGGUUUCUGUCUUAAUCCUCAUUAUACAGUAGAACGCUAUAUAUAACAUACUUACAGUGCUGUAAAUUGUACACAAAUGCUGGUUUUCACGAUCUUUAUAUGUAUUUUUGCUUUUUGCCUGUCCUAAUAAUUCGGAUCUUCUGUCAUAUUAUGGUGUGCCUGAUUUGUUCACUUGUGACCUUUUUCUGACAUAUACUGUGACUUAAGCUGUUCUUUCAAUACUGUAUUAUUUAUUUAUUUAUUUAUUUAACAAAGACUGUUUUAUGAUAUGGAGUUUUAUUUUUGUGAGUGUUAUUUUCAGACAUAUUCUGUGAAGCACACAGCAAGAAAAAUAAUUUGAUCCGACUGCAUGCAUGUGUUGUGAAGCCUAAUUGUACGGCCAAUGUGAUGCAUCGGAACAAUCACCUGUGAAAAGCAAACUUGUAAUCAACUAAUGGUGUAUUCUUUCAAUAAAGAUUUUUGUUAAAGGUAA